CUGCAAGCUACUCUGAAGGAGAAGGAUGAUCUUCUUGCUGAGAUCGCCGCGAUAGACUGCAAGAUGAAGCAGUCAACCACGGUGCACGAGACCUUGGAGGGCAAGCUGCGGAACAGUAACGUCGAGAUUAGCUCGCUGAGAGAGCAACUUGACCACCUAGCGGCAGACCUCAGCCAGGCUCGGAGUACGGCGGAUCACCUCCAAUCUCAGCUUUCCUCCGAGGUGGCGGGCCGAGACCAAGCUAUCGCAUCUUUACAAGAAGAAGUCAGCAUGCUGCGACGCAGCUCUGUAAUGUCCACCAUAUCCCAGGAAGUUCAAGAUAAGAUUGACGACCUCGAAGAAAUGCUCCGUCAGAAGGUUAAAGAGGUUGAGGAGAACGAUGAGGCCUGGAUCAUCGAACAAAAGGAGAAGAAGAAGCUGGCUAGACAGGUGGAGACCUUGACCCGCAAAGUGCAUAAUCUCGAGAAGAAGCUCCUGGCUGCGCGGGAAGCUGCUGAGAAUCGCAAUGCCGUUCCGCUCAGCUCAUUAAAGCCUAUUGUUGCUCAGGCGCACGAUCUCCCUUCGGAAUCCGCUCAUAUGGCAGAAGUCCGGACAACAUCUGCUCCUAUUCCACCGCCUGUCUCAGCAACCGCUGGUGUAUCGGCUUCACCGACUGGAAGUUCUCAGACACAUCCCGAUCUCUCAACUGUUCCAUUCGUUCAGGCUCCGGAACACCUAUCAGGCAUGACUGCCCCAAUGACCAGCGAGAGCACUAUUGGAAAGAAACGGCGUGCACCAGAUGACUUCGAUGACUGCGAUACCCUCCCUCCCCAAGCUUUCACUGUCGAGUGUGCGCCUAGACCGGGCGUGACCAAGUCGCACACGCCCCGGUCCCGGAAAUUGACUGCCGCUCGGGCAGGUUUUACGCCGGUCCGCAGCACGCGCACUGAGACUGUAAUGAUGCAGCAGUCUCCUCGGAGAGUCACCACGGCGAGCGCAACGACGUCGGCAUAUUCGGACCCUGCGCAAGAAGGUCGGAUACGCGCGACUUCUCUACACCGUCCCCACAGCAGAAACUUGACCGAGGCCGACUACCGGCACCCUGUUUCUGAUGUCACGAACAGUCCACGUACCGUCCCGGCGACGAUGGGCGCGUCGGCCACCGCGGCCGCGAAAACUGCCAAGAAAGGCUGGUUGAACAAGAUGAGAACUCCUGCUUUGCCUAGCGAAGCAAGGAGCACGGUUUCAUCACGGCCCAUGGUCUUCAAAAAGUAUAACGAGCUACGAAGGACACCUGUAUAGCAUGACGCCGAACAUAAUUUUCGCAUAUGUAC